ACCCAAACUGAACCCUUUCUUCAAUCUCUUCACCGCCACCGCCAUGUCCCUUAUAGCAGGCUCCUACGAACGUUUCAUUUGGGGUUUCAAACUGAAACCUCAAACCCACGACCCUUCUUCUCAAUCCCUCACCCUUACCCAAAUCUUCUCUUACCCAUCCCACAACGCCCCCAUAACUACCGUAGCCGCCGCCGGCCCAGCCGCCGCAUCCGGCUCUUCCGAUGAUACCAUCCACAUCUACGACCUCUCAUCCGCCGCUUCCCUCGGUCCUCUCCACCACUUCAACUCCUCCAUCACUUCCCUCUCUUUCUACUGCCCUCCAAGCCUCUCCUUCCCUCGCAAUCUCCUCUCAGCCUCUGCCGAUGGCACAAUCUCCAUAUUUGACACCGAACCCUUUGUUCUUCUCAAGUCCUUUAGGUCCCAUAAAAAGGGCAUCAAUGAUUUGGCCGUCCAUCCUUCUGGGAAGCUCGCUUUGAGUGUUUCACGUGAUGGGUGCUUGGCUAUGUCGAAUUUGAUGAGAGGGAAAAGGAGCUUCUGUUGUAGGCUGGGGAAAGAAGCGACGAUCAUUAAGUUUGAUGGAAGUGGAGAGAGGUUUUUUAUGGCUUCCGAGGGGAAAGUUGGUGCUCAUUUGGCGGAAGAUGCUAGGUUGUUGUUCGAGUUGGAUAAUGAGAAACGAGUUCUUUGUGCUGCACCUGGAGAGAGUGGAAUUUUAUUUACUGGUGGUGAGAGCCGUAAUAUUACAGCAUGGGACACUAACAGUGGUAAGGUUGCUUAUUCCAUCGAGGAUUCACAUUCCACCCGUGUAAAAGGUAUUGUUGUGCUUACCAAAGAUGGUAGUAGUGAGGAUGAUCCAUAUUUAGUAGCGUCUGCAUCAUCCGAUGGGCUUAUACGUGUUUGGGAUGUUCGAAUGGCCGUCAAGGAGAAGCCAAAUCCAUUGGCUGAGGCUAAUACAAAGUCCCGGCUGACUUGUCUUGCCGGAUCAUCUCUCAAAUGACAUGAAAUUGUGGACAUUUUGAAGCUCUUGCUUGAUUUAUUGUGAAUCGACAUUCUGAAGAUCAGGAAGAGUGCUCCUAAAGAAGAGGACGCUGCAGCAGAAGUAUAAUAAAUUAUGUGAGCGAAUUCGAAAUAUAUGAAUGGGGUUUUAGGAGCUCUCUCAUGUUUGCUGUAAAACGCCUGUUUUUGAUUGACAACUGA